GACAAACCAACAGCCAGCCUACUGGAGCCAGUGCGUCAGUAUUGCGAGAUUGAAAACGAAGAGAAACGAAGGUAGGGCUAAAUCCGUCUUAAAGGACAAGGCUCCGGGGCAUCUGAAUAAUAUACUGUACCACCCUGCGUGCUCCUGUGCUGACUGCAUGCGAUGCAAUGGGCGCAGUAGUGGCUGAGCCGAACCUCCCCGAUAUAAUACCACUAGGAUGAUUUUAAGAAACCCUCUGGAAACAAAUCUUCUCACUCCAUCUUUCUUCGCUACUACAAUAAUGCCUGCAGAACCUGCCCUUGCAAUUGUGGGUGUAGUGGAUUUGUGCCUUAAGUAAGAGGCUACUUGACUAAUUAUUCGCUUUAUGCUAACAUUUAUAGGUAUGGAAACGAGCUGAGACAAAUGUGCAAAGCCUUGAGAGGCGCCGAGGAAGAAAUAGAAGAAAGAGCUUUGAGGUUAGAAAACGGGUGGCAUCGCUGCAUUACUCAACUUCAUUGCUUAAGGCAGGUCCAUGAAGUGAUGGAUGACGAUCAUAAAGCACUUUACGAACGCACAUUGCGUAUGCUAGUGGGAAAACUCGAAGUCGCAAUCUCGAUCCUCAAAGGACUUGUUAAGGUUCAAGUUGGAUCACCUGGAGACGAAUCAAGUGUCACAUUCACACCAAGAGCGCUGAAGUACGCAUUUAGAAAGGAUGGCCUUGAUGAGGCUAUAGAAGCUCUUGAAACCUGGCAACGAAUUUCGGACCCUUCCUGGUUUCUCAUUUUGAAGAAAUUUGAUGACAGAGUCGAUAAAAUGCUUGCGAAUGAAGAGUCACAACUCGGGGAAUACAUACCUUCUACUUCCAUCAUACCAAGGAACAUAUUUGAGGAUACGCCGUCGAUCAGUGGCUCUUCUCCAAAGCUUUGGCUACCCUCUACUGAGAUUGCAAAAAUGGAACUUCUUGAUAUUCGGUCUUCCAACUCCAAGAUCGCAAGGAAAGUCAGAUCUAACGCAACCUCUAUAUUUAUUCUAGACAACAUCGGCUUCGUUGAUUCCAAGGACUAUUCAAUCACCAAGAUCAAUAUCAGGGAUCUGGCCAAGCGCUUACAACAUGUUGAACCCCAAACAUUCGGCUUAUUAAACUGCAAAGGCUUUGUUGAAGAUAGCCCCUCCUUUGGAAGUGGCCCCACUGAAUCGUCUUUCAUGAUGGUGUUCCGAACCCCACCCACUUCAUCAACCCCUAGAAGUCUCCGGGAUUUUCUGCUCAGCACUGAAAAGCCAAAAAUUCUCUGUCACAAAGGUUCUCAAUCGCUCAGGAAUUAG